CUUCCCCCUCCCUCCCUCCCACGCCAUGCUCCAGCUGUGGAGAGUGGUACGUCCAGCCCGGCAGCUGGAACUGCAUCGUCUGGUGCUGCUGCUGAUUGCCUUCAGCCUGGCCUCCAUGGCCUUCCUGGCCUACUACGUGUCUACCACCCCCAAGGCCAAGGAGCCCCUGCCCCUGCCCCUGGGAGACUGCAGCAGUGGUGGGGAUGUUGGUCCUGGGCCUGCCCGGCCCCCAGCGCACCCCUGGCCGCCCCGGCCCUCGGAAACAGCUCGCACUGAGCCUGUGGUGCUGGUGUUUGUGGAAAGUGUAUACUCACAGCUUGGCCAGGAAAUUGUGGCCAUCUUGGAAUCUGGCCGUUUUCGAUACAGCACAGAGUUGGCCCCUGGCCGGGGGGAUAUGCCCACGUUGACUGAACGUGCCAGGGGCCGCUAUGCCCUCGUUGUCUACGAGAACCUACUUAAGUAUGUCAACCUGGAUGCCUGGAGCCGCGAGCUCUUGGACCGAUACUGUGUGGAGUACGGGGUGGGCAUCAUCGGCUUCUUCCGUGCCCAUGAGCACAGCCUGCUCAGUGCCCAGCUCAAGGGCUUCCCUCUCUUUCUACAUUCCAACCUGGGGCUACGCGACUAUCAGGUGAACCCCGCCGCCCCGCUGCUGCACCUCACUCGGCCCAGUCGUUUGGAGCCUGGGCCGCUGCCUGGGGAGGACUGGACGGUCUUCCAGUCCAACCACAGCACAUAUGAGCCAGUCCUGCUGGCCGAGGUCACUGCCUUGGGCCCGGCGCCCCGCCAUACCCGCCUGCCCACCGUGGUGCAGGACCUGGGGCUGCAUGACGGCAUCCAGCGUGUGCUUUUUGGCCACAGCCUCACCUUCUGGCUUCACAAGCUAGUCUUUGUGGAUGCUGUGGCCUACCUCACUGGGAAGCGCCUCUGCCUUACACUGGAUCGCUAUAUCCUGGUGGACAUCGAUGACAUCUUUGUGGGCAAGGAAGGCACCCGAAUGAAGGUGGCUGAUGUGGAGGCCUUGCUUACCACACAGAGAAAGCUCAGGGCUUUGGUCCCCAACUUUACUUUCAAUCUGGGCUUCUCGGGAAAGUUCUACCAUACAGGGACAGAGGAGGAAGACGCAGGGGAUGACAUGCUCCUGAGGCACCGGAAGGAGUUCUGGUGGUUCCCUCACAUGUGGAGCCAUAUGCAGCCACACCUGUUCCACAACCGCUCUGUGCUGGCAGACCAGAUGCGCCUCAACAAGCAGUUUGCUCUGGAGCAUGGGAUCCCCACGAAUCUGGGGUAUGCAGUGGCUCCCCACCACUCGGGCGUGUACCCCAUCCACACACAGCUCUAUGAGGCCUGGAAAUCUGUAUGGGGGAUCCAGGUGACCAGCACUGAAGAAUAUCCCCAUCUCCGCCCUGCACGCUACCGGCGAGGCUUUAUUCACAAUGGCAUCAUGGUCCUGCCCCGUCAGACGUGUGGUCUCUUCACUCACACCAUCUUCUACCAUGAGUAUCCCGGCGGCUCUCGAGAGCUGGACCGGAGCAUCCGUGGUGGAGAGCUCUUCCUGACUGUUCUGCUCAACCCGAUCAGCAUCUUCAUGACCCAUCUGUCUAACUAUGGCAAUGACCGGCUGGGCCUGUACACUUUUGAGAGCUUGGUGCGCUUCCUGCAGUGCUGGACCCGGCUGCGCCUGCAGACUCUACCCCCAGCCCCCCUGGCACAAAAGUACUUUGACCUCUUCCCUCAGGAACGCAGCCCACUGUGGCAGAACCCCUGUGAUGACAAGAGACACAAAGACAUCUGGUCCAAGGAGAAGACAUGUGACCGACUCCCCAAGUUCCUCAUCGUGGGGCCCCAGAAAACGGGGACCACGGCAGUCCACUUCUUCCUGAGCCUGCACCCCGCAGUGACCAGCAGCUUCCCCAGCUCCAGCACCUUCGAAGAGAUCCAGUUCUUCAGUGGCCCCAAUUACUACAAGGGCAUCGACUGGUACAUGGACUUUUUCCCAGUCCCCUCCAAUGCCAGCACUGACUUCCUGUUUGAGAAAAGUGCCACCUAUUUUGACUCCGAGGUUGUACCACGUCGGGGAGCAGCCCUUUUGCCCCGUGCCAAGAUCAUCACAGUACUUACCAACCCUGCUGACCGGGCCUACUCCUGGUACCAGCAUCAACGAGCACAUGGUGACCCGACUGCACUGAACCACACCUUCUACCAGGUGAUCUCAGCCCCUCCCCAGGCUCCUGCUGCACUCCGGGCCCUGCAGAACCGCUGCCUCAUCCCUGGCUACUACUCCACGCAUCUGCAGCGCUGGCUCAGCUACUACCCUUCUGGACAGGUGCUGAUAGUGGAUGGGCAGGAGCUGCGCACAAACCCAGCAGCCUCCAUGGAAAGCAUCCAGAAGUUCCUAGGUGUCACCCCUGUCCUCAACUACACAAGAACUCUCAGGUUUGAUGAGGGGAAGGGAUUCUGGUGCCAGGGGCUAGAGGGUGGCAAGACACGAUGCCUAGGCAAGAGCAAAGGACGGAGGUACCCAGACAUGGAACCUGAGUCCCGCCUUCUUCUGAUUGACUUUUUCCGGGACCAUAAUCUGGAAUUGUCAAAACUGCUGAGUCGGCUUGGGCAGCCACUGCCCUCUUGGCUUCAGGAAGAGCUCCAGCGAUCGGGCCUGGGCUGAGUGUUCUGCCCCACGGACACCCAACAGGCGAUGUCUCGAGGCUAGAAGACUGGGCAGGGCCAGCGGGGCAGUGGGCUGGCCUAGUCACUCUCCCUUCUAUCUCAGUGUUCCCUCAGGCCUGGAUGGGGAAGGAGAGCAGGGGCCCUCACUUCCUUUCUACAACCUUAAGUCCUAACAAAGGGAUCCACUUUGUGCAUCCUUUCUGGGGCCCAAGACCCUCCCUGCUGAUCAGGGCCCUCCCAUCCCAAGUUGGGGGGAGGAAGGAUAAACUGGUAGGUGGGGGUAGUUGGGAAGUGACUGCCAUCCCACAUUCCCAGCAGUACAUCUGUAUUUUUCUCAGAGGAGGCAGCCUCCAGUGUCAGCAGGUUCUCUUGCUUAUGAACCCUUCAGUCAAAGGGGUCACUCUGCAGUCUGGCCUCCCUAUGUCAUUCACAUUGAAUGGGGAUGAGGUCAGACAGCGGCUCGUGGAGCUGAGAACGAGGCUAGAAAGAUCCUUAAUAAACAUCAUUAUUUUUCUGUC